AUGGAUAAGAUGAUCACUCUGCUGAAUGACGAGGACACAUACUCUCAUAUCAAUAAAGAUCCCACCAGGAAAAUCACGACAGCGAUAAGGUCCAUGUUCACCAGAUGGAAAACGAAGAAGUACAUUAGCGAAACAAAAUACAAGACGUUAUAUUGUAGUGAUGGAUCACUUCCGAGGGCCUAUGGGGUGCCGAAAAUACAUAAACCUUAUUGCCCUUUGAGGGUCAUUGUCUCUUCGUUGGGCAGUCCGCUUUAUCCACUGGCGACAUUCUUACACAACAUAUUAGUUAAAUCCAUUCCUAAAGCAAAGAGUUAUAUAAAAAAUAGUUUCGAACUAGUUGAAAAACUAAAAAGAUUACACACUACAGACCAGUACAAAUUAAUCUCACUGGAUGUAAAAUCUCUGUUCACGAAUGUUCCGGUGGAUGUAGCCAUGGACUGUAUCAAUGAACAUUGGAUUUAUGUUUCCGGAGACUGCUCUCUCCCUAGAGAGGAGUUUGUGGGGGCAAUAAGGUUUAUUCUUGAUUCCACAUUUUUUUCGUUUAACAACAAUUUUUAUAAACAAAGUUACGGCACUCCCAUGGGGUUUCCCUUAUCACCUGUAAUAGCAGACUUGGUGAUGAGGAGACUUGAGACGGUGUCCUUGAUGUCGUUGAACUUGGACGUGACAUUUUAUUUUAGAUAUGUGGAUGAUAUUUGCACUGCGGUUGAGCCAUCAAAAAUUGACUCAAUAGUAAAACAAUUCAACUCUUUCCAUCCACGAUUACAAUUCACUUCAGAAUUUGGUGGUGAUGAAAUCAGUUUCCUGGAUGUUAUUAUAUCUAUCAUUGGAAACGGAUUUGGAGUCGAUUGGUACCACGAAGAGCCUUGCUAUCGGAGACAUUUGGUUUCCGAGAUGAUUAAUAUCAAGAAACAAAAUAAUGGUCUCAAUUUACAGACUGAUACCGAUGGUCUUCACAAAGUUUACAUUCCCAUCAUAAACAGAGUUUGA